AUGUUUAUUACGAACGAGAACGUUGGUGAUAGAACCAGGUUGGAAGACUGGAGAAGUAUGUGAAAAACCUGCUUUUUUUUUCCUUUUCAGAAGGACUUUUUUUUAUUGCCUUGCGACAUUGCUCAUGAUACUAAUCGAUUUUCUAUUUUUUUUUUUCCUUUAAUAAAGUCCGAGGUUACGAUCCAUUGACUCCGCCAGACUUGCUUCAACAUGAAUACCCCUUGACUGCCGAGUCGCAAAAGACGAUCUUGGCUGGAAGAGACGCUGCAUGCAAAAUUCUCAAUGGUGACGAUGACCGUUUGAUGAUUGUUAUUGGACCAUGUUCCAUCCAUGAUCCUAAAGCUGCUUUGGAGUACGCUGAAAGACUUUACAAGCAAGCAGAGACACACAAGGGGGAACUCUUGAUUGUGAUGAGGGCCUAUUUGGAGAAACCACGAACAACGGUUGGCUGGAAAGGCUUGAUCAACGAUCCAGAUAUCAACGGCACUUUCCACAUCAACAAAGGCUUGAGGAUCGCGAGAAAAUUGUUUGUUGAUCUUACUUCGAAAUUGCCCAUCGCCGGGGAGAUGUUGGACACCAUCUCGCCUCAAUUCUUGUCCGAUCUCUUCUCGGUUGGUGCCAUUGGCGCAAGAACCACGGAGUCGCAGUUGCACAGAGAGCUCGCUUCAGGGUUGUCGUUCCCCGUUGGGUUCAAAAACGGCACCGACGGCACCUUGGGCGUAGCCAUCGACGCUGUGCGCGCAGCAUCCCACCCCCACCACUUUCUCUCGGUGACGAAGCCCGGGGUAGUGGCGAUUGUGGGAACAGACGGCAACAAGGACUGCUUUGUGAUUUUGAGAGGCGGCAAGCAGGGCACCAACUUCGACCCCGAGUCGAUCACGAGCACCGAAGAGCAGUUGUUGAAGGCGAAAAUCGUCGCUGAAGAUCAAAAGGAUUCGCGUAUCAUGGUCGACUGCUCGCACGGCAACAGCAGCAAAGACCACAAUAACCAGCCAAAAGUGGCCAAAGUUGUCGCUGACCAAAUCGCAAGCGGAACAAGAUCCAUCUGCGGGUUGAUGAUUGAGAGUAAUAUCAACGAGGGAAGACAAAACGUCCCUCCUGCCGAAGAAGGGGGCAAGGACGCUUUGAAAUACGGUGUCUCCAUCACCGAUGCCUGUAUAGGCUGGGAAACAACAGAAGAAGUGUUGAAAAUGUUGGCCGACGCUGUGAAACAAAGAAGAGCUUUGUAA